CACAGGCUGUUCCCUUUGACUUCUGCUGUUUCUUCUCUCAAUAAAAAUCUAUUCAACCUUCUAUUCUUGACCUCCAUAGUUUCUAUACCUUCCUCAAUCUCUCUCUCUUUCUCUCUCUCUCUGCAUAUUAAAACAAGAAGAGAGAAAACUAUGGGGAGAACUCCUUGCUGUGACAAGGCUAAUGUAAAGAAAGGUCCAUGGUCUCCAGAAGAAGAUGCAAAACUAAAGGAUUACAUAGAGAAACAUGGAACUGGUGGCAAUUGGAUUACUCUGCCAAAAAGAGUUGGUUUGACAAGGUGUGGAAAAAGCUGUAGACUAAGAUGGCUUAAUUAUCUUAGACCAAACAUUAAACAUGGUGAAUUCUCUGACUCAGAAGAUAAAAUAAUAUGCACCCUUUUUGCUAGCAUUGGAAGCAGGUGGUCAAUAAUAGCAUCUAAGUUACAAGGCCGAACCGACAAUGAUGUAAAGAAUUACUGGAACACAAAACUAAAGAAAAAAUUUAUGUUCAUAAAUCAUUCAAUGGAGAUGAAAUCUCAACAAGUUACCCUUUUAUCCAUCCUUCAAAGUUCAACAUCAACAUCUCAAUCAUUAUCAUUCACAAACAACAAAAACAACUCAUACUAUCAUCACUCCAAUGGUUCUUUCACAAGUUCCUUUUCCAACUCAUCAACCUCUUCAAGUCUUUUAAGUGGAAACUCUUCUACUUCUGCAGCACAAGAAAGUUUGAUUGGUUCAUCUCAGAAGUGUGGUGAUGCAGCUUUUGUAGAGCAGAAUAUUGGUGAUGUUAGUUAUAUCUACAAUGAGGUUGAAGAUAGUGAGAAGUUGAUGUUUUCCAAUGGUGGUAGUGUUAAUGGAUUUUGGGAAGAAAAUCCAUUGGAUUAUGGUGUAAUAAGCACAACUUCUACUAGUAGUUGCAACAACUUUUUGUUUGAUGUGUAAAAGACAGAGGAAAAAGUCAUGAAGUUGUGAUGGAUGAUGUUGACUAUGUUGCUAAAAUGAACAAGAGUUAAAAUUGGACUAAGUUUGUGCUUUUGUGAGAUUGGAUGUAUUGAAUGAACAGAACCACUUUCUUUUGUUUCAUAAUUCAUUUUAGAUUUUGCUCAAAAAAAAAAAAUUAGAUGUUUCCUUUUUUUCAA